AUGGAGGGGCAAGCAGUACACCCACAAGCCAGCUCUGAGGAGCACGACGGGGCCAAGUGCCAGCUCUCCUCCUUCUCCAUCAAUCACCAGGAGGAGGGAGACAGAUGUCUCCCCGAGGAGUUUGGAAGUGCAUCUGUGCCACCUCGCUGUGUCCUCCUCCUCCUGCAGUUUGAGGCCCUGCAGCCAGAGGGAAUCUGUCCUGGAUGGAGCAUCGUGGUCAAGGGUGAGACCAGCUCCAGUUCAAGCAUGUUUGAAAUUAAUUUACUCUGUGAGCCCGGAGAUCAAAUCGCUCUCCACUUUAACCCUCGCUUCUCCAGCUCCAGAAUCGUCUGCAACUCCUUCCUCAACAGCCUCUGGGGGCAGGAAGAGGUUAACAACACCUUCCCCUUCAAAGCAAAGGAGCCCUUUCAGGUCGAAAUCUACUCUGACCAGGACUAUUUCCAUGUUUUCAUCAAUGAAAACAAAGUCCUGCAGUACAAGCAUCGCCAGAAGAAUCUUUCAUCCAUCACCAAGCUGCAGAUUCUCAAUGAUGUUGACAUUUCUUCAGUGGAAAUCACCAAACGAGGUCUGUAA